UAAAAACUCAGAAACUUUGGAAGCACCAGUAAAAUUUCUCAGAUCACCGAGAUCCGCCAUUUUUGCACUCCGAGCUCUCAACCUACUCUCGGAGAACCAAAUCUAGAGAGAGAAACUACGCAACAAGGAGAGAGAAACCUAGAGAGAGAGUCACCAUGUCUUCCUUCGACACCUUCAGCAACGAUGGCGAUGAGCUCAGAACCACCGAUCCUCCCUUCGACGAUGGUUAUGGUGGCUUCGAUUCUUCGCAACGUUUCGAUUCCUCCGGUUUCGGUCCCGCCAUUGAUGAGGUUACCGUUGAGACUGAGGUUAUCGAAGAUGAUUCUCCGAUGCCAUUUGGUGGAAACCCUAAUUAUGCUGAUUCUCCGUUCAGUGAUCCGAUCCCUGUUUCUAAUGGUAAUGGAAAACCCUACGAUUUGGGAGCUGAUGAAGACGGUAUUUUCUCCUCUGAUGGUCCUGUUCUUCCUCCACCUGAUCAGAUGAAUGAGGAAGGGUCUGCUCUUCGUGAGUGGCGUCGUCAAAAUGCCAUUAGGCUGGAGGAAAAGGAGAAAAAGGAGAAGGAAAUGCGAAUGCAAAUCAUUGAAGAAGCUGAGGAGUACAAGCGUGCAUUUUUCGAGAAGAGAAAACUUAACACUGAAACCAACAUAAAGAACAAUAGGGACAAAGAAAAGAUAUACUUGGCCAACCAAGAGAAGUUCCAUAAAGAAGCAGACAAACAGUACUGGAAAACAAUAGCUGAACUCAUUCCUCAUGAGGUUCCUACCAUCGAGAAGAGGAGAGGAAAGAAAGAAGAAGAAAAGAAGACAUCAAUCACUGUUAUCCAAGGUCCAAAGCCUGGGAAACCCACUGAUAUGGGCAGGAUGCGACAGAUACUAGUGAAGCUGAAGCAUACGCCCCCACCCCAUAUGAUUCCACCAAAACCUGAGCCUGCCAAGGAUGGCAAAGAUGGAAAGGGCGGGAAAGAUGCCAAAACUGGUAAAGAUGCAACAAAAAAGACCUCUGGUUCUGAAAAAGGUGCUACUGCCAAUGGUACUCAAAAGUCCGAAGCUGAGCAACCAACCCCAGAAGUUGAGCAACCAGCCCCAGAAGCCGAGCAGCCAACUCCAGAAGCUGAGCCAGUAGCAGCUGCUUGAUUGAUUAUACAUGAAUAUGUUGUCCAAAUCUCUUUUUUGCUUGUUUUAUUUUCAUACGGGAUCCUAAUUACACACUCUUCUGAUCCUCCCAAUGUCAUGUAUUACGGAGAAAGAAAAUGAUGUAUUUUUUGUUCCGUGUUCAGUCCAUGAGACUUCUGUCUUUUUUCAGGCGUAGAAUUUAUAUUCUUUAGUUCUCUCAUUUGGGGAGUUGGUAUCAAGGUUUUGGAUUUGUUUUUCGUGUUAUGUUAACAAAAACUCGAAACUUGUUGCUCCUUGAGAACUUUUGCUGUAACAAUGUCAAUUUGUUAAUUUUUUCGUAGCCAAUUAAUUUGUUAAAUU